AUGGGUCGACUUCUGACUUUGGCCUGCUGUAAUCUGAACCAAUGGGUGCUUGACUGGGAGGGAAACCGCAGGAGAAUCGUAGAGAGCAUCCAAAUCGCUAAACUGCGUGGUGCAGGCUUCCGAACCGGUCCAGAACUUGAAAUCACUGGCUAUGGCCUACUGGACCACUUCCUCGAGGGCGACACAUACCUCCAUGCCUGGGAACAGCUGGCCAUGAUCCUACAGGAUGACUCGAUACACGGCAUCAUCGCCGACAUUGGCAUGCCCAUCAUGCACCGCAACAACAGAUACAACUGCCGUGUCAUCAUCCUGGAUGGCAAGAUCCUGUUCAUCCGGCCCAAGCUGUACCUCGCCAACGACGGCAACUACAGGGAGAUGAGACACUUUAUCCCAUGGAACCGCCCACAGCACCAUGAGGAGUACUACCUGCCCCAGUUCAUCCAAAAGAUACAAGGCUCGACCAAAGUCCCGAUCGGAGAUAUGGUGCUCUCAACACCAGACACCUGUAUUGGCAUGGAGACUUGCGAGGAGCUCUUCACGCCACUAUCCCCCCACCUAGCCAUGUCGCUGAACGGCGUGGAAGUCGUCACCAACUCCAGCGGCUCUCACCACUCUCUCAGGAAGCUCAACACGAGAAUCAGCUUGAUUCAGGAGGCCACACGGAAGUCUGGUGGUGUCUACCUCUACUCCAACCAGCAAGGCAUGGACGGUGACCGACUGUACUACGACGGAUGCGCAAUGAUCAUCAUCAACGGUGAGAUUGUUCAGCAAACGUCGCAGUUCAGCCUCAACGACGUCGAGGUCUGCGUUGCCACAGUCGACAUCGAAGACGUCCGGUCCUACCGCUGCACACCAUCGAGGGGUAUUCAAGCUCUUGCUGCACCUACCUACGAGCGCGUGGAGACUCAAUUCCACAUUGGUAAGAACGAGGAUGAAUACGAUCCCGAUCUGGCACCAAGUCCUCGUCAAGACCUAAAGAUUCAUGCGCCGGAAGAAGAGAUCUAUCUGAGCGGAUCGUGUUUCCUGUGGGACUACCUCCGCCGUUCUAAUCAAGCAGGCUACCUGAUCCCACUAUCUGGUGGGAUUGAUAGCUGCUCGACAGCAGUACUCGUCUACGGCAUGUGCAACAUGGCAUUCGAAGCUCUCCAGGCGGGCAACACCCAAGUCAAAGCCGACAUCCAGCGCAUCGCAGGGCCCGGUGAAGCAGAAGGCUGGCUACCAAAGUCACCCCAAGAGCUCUGCUCCAAAGUCUUCUCCUCUGUCUUCAUGGGCAUGUCUCAACAAUCCUCCAAGGAGACACGGAGCCGAGCCGAACGUCUCUCUCACGACAUUGGGGCGCAACACACAGACCUUGAUAUUGACUCGAUUUUUAACGCUUUCAAAGGCGUCCUCACGCAAGCCACAGGCCACGAGCCUAACUUCAAAGUCCACGGCGGCACCCACGCCGAGAACUUGGCACUCCAAAACAUCCAAGCCCGCUCCCGCAUGGUGCUUAGCUACGUCUUCGCACAGCUGCUGCCCACUGUCCGCCAGCGGCCGAACGGCGGAUCCCUCCUCGUUCUUGGCUCCGCCAACGUCGACGAAGCCCUGCGUGGCUACUUCACCAAAUACGACUGCUCCUCGGCCGACAUCAACCCCAUCGGCGGCAUCUCCAAGACCGACCUGAAGCGCUUCAUCGCCUGGGCAGAAACUCACCUCUCCCUCCCCAUCCUGCGCGAGUUCCUCGACGCCACGCCCACUGCCGAGCUCGAGCCUCUGACCGCCGACUACGUCCAGUCCGACGAAGUCGACAUGGGCAUGUCGUACGCCGAGCUCUCCGUCUUCGGCCGACUCCGCAAGUCGCAGAAACUCGGUCCCUACGGCAUGUUCCAGCGCCUCGUGCACGAGUGGAAGGACCUGCACGAGCCGCGCGUCGUCGCCGACAAGGUCAAGCGCUUCUACCACUUCUGGGCCAUCAACAGACACAAGAUGACCACCAUCACCCCGAGUCUGCACAUGGAGGAUUACUCCCCUGAUGACAAUCGAUUCGAUCUAAGGCCCUUUUGCUAUCCGAGUUUCUGGUCUAGUUGGAGCUUCAAGAAGAUCGACCAGGCAGUGGAAAAGCUAGAGCAGAAGAAGUAG